AGGAGUGAGCUGCUGGGUGGACCACUGUGCCGCAAACUGGACCCCUGUUUAAUGGAGGAGAUGAAUUAGCUCAAGCUGUUUGGACUAUUUAUUAAUCUUUUGUCUUUAGAGGUUCAGUUUAUGAACUUCUGGAUAACCAAACAUUUAAAAAAAAAAACACACCUCCCCCCUUUUUUCUCCACUGGAACCGUUAUAACCUCCUCAUAGUGGGAAAUACAAGUUGACGUAAUGGAGAAGUCAAGUCGCAGGCAGCAAUUAGCCUUCAGCCUCCUGUUUGGGUUGUGGUUGCCUUUCUGUUUAACUCAGACAACACCAUCAAACGCAGCCACGCCAACACCGACACCGACACCGUCCCUGUCCCCUCAGCCCCAAACAGAGCGGCUAAAGGUCCGCCUGACCGGAUACCCACGAAAACACAACGAGGGCCGCGUAGAGCUUUUCUACAAGGGAGAGUGGGGCACCAUCUGUGAUGACGACUUCUCCAUAUCCAACGCCAACGUGCUCUGCCGCCAACUGGGCUUCGUCUCAGCCACAGGAUGGACCCACAGUGCCAAAUAUGGCAAAGGCCUAGGGAAAAUCUGGCUGGACAACGUGCUGUGUAAUGGAGGUGAGAAGAGCAUUGAAUUCUGCAAGUCUCGCGGCUGGGGCAACAGUGACUGCACUCACGAUGAAGACGCUGGAGUCGUGUGCAAAGACGAAAGGAUUCCAGGCUUUGUGGACCCAAAUGUUAUUGACGCUCAAGUGGAUGAGAACAAGGUGGAGGAGGUGCGUCUCCGGCCCGUGGUCGCCAUGACCAGAAAGAAGGUGCCAAUCACAGAGGGUGUGGUGGAGGUGAAAUAUAAGGACGGCUGGGUGCAGGUCUGCGACGUGGGAUGGACGAUUAAAAACACACGUGUUGUCUGUGGCAUGCUGGGAUUCCCACAUGAGAGGAAGGUCAACAAGAACUUCUAUAGGCACUAUUUGGAGCGUCAGAAGAACAACUUCCACAUCCACUCUGUGGCGUGUACAGGCACAGAGAUCCACCUGGCCGCCUGCCCGCUGGAGUUCAACAAGCCAAACAGCACGGCGUCCUGCGCGGGCGGCAUGCCAGCCGUCGUCAGCUGCAUGCCAGGGCCGCUCUUCAUGCAAAACAGCGGCUUAAAGAAGAAAACCAAAACUUCGAAGAACGUGAGGCUGAAGGGAGGCGCCAGGCUGGGCGAAGGCCGGGUGGAAGUGCUGAGAGGCAACGAGUGGGGGACAAUUUGUGAUGACCGCUGGAGCCUGCUAUCAGCCAGCGUCGUCUGCAGGGAGCUCGGAUUCGGCAGUGCCAAGGAAGCUCUUACCGGAGCUCGUAUGGGACAAGGAAUGGGUCCAAUCUACAUGAAUGAGGUGAAGUGUCUCGGUACGGAGAGGUCAAUCUGGAACUGCCCCUUUAAAAACAUCACAUCAGAGGACUGUAAACACACGGAGGACGCUGCUGUCCGCUGCAACAUUCCCCACAUGGGGCUGGAGAACUCGAUCCGACUCACAGGUGGACGAACCCGCUACGAGGGUCGUGUGGAGGUGCUGAGCUUAGACUCUAACGGGACGGAGAGUUGGGGUCUGAUCUGUGGACAGAACUGGACCACUAAGGAGGCUAUGGUGGCCUGCAGGCAGCUGGGCUUGGGCUACGCUAACCAGGGCCUGCAAGAAACCUGGUACUGGGACAGCAGUAACGUGACAGAGAUGGUGAUGAGCGGUGUGAAGUGUGCAGGAAGCGAGAUGUCUCUGCAACACUGCCAGCAACACAAAACUGUCAGCUGUCAGAAAGCAGCUGCAAAGUUUGCCGCAGGAGUCAUCUGCUCUGAGACGGCCUCUGACCUCGUCCUGAACGCCCCUCUGGUGCAGCAGACGGUUUAUAUUGAGGAUCGGCCUCUGCACAUGCUCUACUGCGCCGCUGAAGAGGACUGCCUGUCAAAAACUGCAGCUCAGGCCAACUGGCCAUACGGACACCGGCGUCUGCUCCGCUUCUCCUCCCAGAUCCACAACAUCGGCCGGGCUGACUUCAAGCCAAAGGCUGGGCGGCACUCAUGGGUCUGGCAUGCCUGUCAUGGCCACUACCACAGCAUGGAUGUUUUCACCCAUUAUGAUCUGCUGAACGCCAACGGCACCAAAGUGGCAGAAGGACACAAGGCCAGUUUCUGCUUGGAGGACUCAGAUUGCGAAGAAGGUGUUUCUAAACGGUAUGAGUGUGCCAACUUUGGUGAGCAGGGCAUCACCGUGGGCUGCUGGGAUUUGUACCGUCACGACAUCGACUGCCAGUGGAUCGAUAUCACAGACGUCAAACCUGGAAACUACAUCAUGCAGAUUGUGAUUAAUCCAAAUUACGAAGUGGCUGAGAGUGACUUCACCAACAACGCCAUGAAAUGCAACUGCAAAUACGAUGGAAAUCGAAUCUGGUUCCAUAACUGCCACAUUGGUGAUGCUUUCAGCGAGGAGGCAGAGAGGAGGUUUGAGAAAUACCCCGGACAGAAUAACCAGAUUUCUUAAUUGACAAUAACUCAACAACAUGAGAACCAAAGUUGGGGUUUUAUGAUUAAAAAACACGCCUCAUCUGCUCAAAAAGUGAGACACAUACUCCUUAUCUUCAGGUACCGAACUGGAUCCCCACAUAUAUUCUGCGUUGGUCACAGAAGGAGCCAACAGUAUUUUCCUCUGGUGAAUGUGUUGUAUGCCUGAGUUAUUAUACUUGAAUAUUCAAGUGCUAAUGUUUUUUUUAAAUUUGUUUCCGAAGUCUAAUGUGAGCUUAUGCUACUUUUUAAAAAAAAAAUCAUAAAAUAGGAUUUUAUAAAGUCAGUCGUACAGUACAGUGUACGACAGAUGUACAGUACUGAAUGUUAUUGUUCUUAGACAUGAAUGAGGUGUUAUUUUUUAUUAUUUUUUUAUAAAUAGUUUUUAUUUUUCUUGGAGCAAGCAGGUUCAGAACUACCUGAAAUGUGUGUCCGACGUUUGGUAACACAUUUUUUUAAAAACUAGAAAGAAAAAGUCAGAUUCAUGAAUGGAAACUGAUGCAGCUCUGUGAAAGUAUUACUGGUCUUUGUAGGUGUUGUGGGCAAAACAAAGAAAGAUUUCCUUUUCUUAAAAAUCUGUAGAUAAAACAUGAAAGUCUUACCUGGAUAGAGGGUUUGCUGAAAGGUUGGAUGUUGCUCACAAGAAACGUUUCAGGAAGGUUGUAAAAAAAAAAAAAAUCGAUUGAAAUGGUUUCGGACCACUUGGUCAAGUCUUUACGUGCCUGCCUCCACACUUAUUUUGUGAAUGUAUUUAUUACCAAUACCAAGGUGCUCCAGAACAAUAACUGUCAGAAUGAUUGUUCAUUAGUAUAAAUGUCAGAACCAGUUGGAAGCCACCUCUAGCUUUAGUCUGUAUGUAUUUUAAUAGUCUUUUAGGGUCAAGACAUAGAUGUUAUUGGGCAAAGACAAAUAAACAACAGUCACCCUCAAGAAUUGCUGUACUGUAUGUCUGCUGAUGUAAUCACACUCGCUGCACCAAAUAAA